AUGACCCACAUUACCAGUGCCGUCCUCCACCGCGACACUCGUUUUAUACCUAAGAAAGCCGUCAGGGGCAAGGGUAGCUAUCUCUUCCUGGAAGAUGGGACCAAAUUCCUCGACGCCACCGGCGGUGCGGCUGUCUCGUGUCUUGGACACGGCCACGAGAAGGUCAGCCAGAUGGUCAUCGACCAGAUCAACAAGUUGGCCUACUGUCAUACGGCGUUCUUUAGCACCGACGUGUCCGAGGAGCUGGCAACCUUCCUCUGCGACUCCACGGGGGGUAAAAUGACAAAGCUCUACGUGGUCAGCUCCGGCUCUGAAGCAGUCGAAGCCGCAUUGAAGCUAGCCCGCCAGUACUUCCUCGAGUUGCCCAUCCCCCAGCCCCAGCGCACUCGGUUCAUCGGACGUCUUCCUUCCUAUCACGGCAUCACACUUGGUGCGCUCGGGGCAGGCGGCCAUGUCUCCCGUCGCCAGCCGUUCGAACCCCUUCUCUCCCAGAACACAUCCCACGUAUCUCCGUGCUUCCCCUACCGCGGCAUGAAAGAGAACGAGUCAGAAACGGAGUACGUCCGCCGGCUCGCCGACGAACUCGAUGCCGAGUUCCAGCGCGUCGGGCCCGACACUGUCUGUGCCUUCAUCGCAGAGCCCGUCGUCGGUGCUGCUCUCGGCGCCGUCCCUGCGGUGACAGGAUACCUCAAGGCCAUGAAGGUUGUCUGCGACAAAUACGGUGCGCUCUUCAUUCUCGACGAGGUCAUGUGCGGCAUGGGCCGCUGCGGCACCCUGCACGCCUGGGAACAGGAGCAUGUCGUGCCCGAUCUUCAGACCAUCGGAAAAGCCCUGGGAGGUGGGUACAUGCCCGUGUCUGGGGUCCUGAUCAGUGAGAAAAUCGUCGAGGCGCUUGACAAGGGCUCGGGUGCCUUCCGACAUGGCCACACGUACCAGGGACAUCCGGUGUCGUGUGCGGCGGCCUUGGCGGUACAGAAAAUCAUCAAGGAGGAUAACCUGCUGGAGAAUGUGCGCAGCAUGGGCGCUUAUUUGGGACAGCAGCUGCGGAACCGCCUGGGUUCGCAUCCAUACGUGGGCGACGUCCGGGGGAAGGGACUGUUCUGGGGAAUUGAGUUUGUGAAGGAUAAGGCAACCAAGCAGCCUUGGCCGACUGAGAUCCCUGUGGCUACGUAUAUCCAGGACACAGGAUUGACGCCGAACUACGCAAUCUCUCUGUAUGCGGCAUCGGGCACUGUGGACGGCACGCACGGCCACCAUGUCCUCCUUGCGCCUCCCUAUAACGUCAGCAAGGCGGAAGUAGAUAUCAUUGUUGAUACGACUGCUCGUGUUAUCGAUCACGUUUUCGCUCAGAUCAGCGGGGUUGAUGGCCCGUCAUUAUUUUGA